GCCUUACUAAUGUUCGCUAGAUAGCAAGUAGCAAGCCUACCGGUACAGUAGUGUUACAAUAGCAUUAAAUAGCUGUAAAGAUUGUCCUCUUCUUCUGACGCGGAGUAAGAUAUGUCGGACCAAUGCGCAGCGUGGUGGAGCGCUGGGGCCAUAUCUGCAGCACCAGGCCUAGCUCUGAUCCACUGUGACAGUCUCCCUUUAGGUGGGCAGUACCUCUCAGCACUCAGCACUCAUUGGGAUUUAUAGCUCAGAUUCAGGGAUGGAUGGGGGGGUUGGUGGUGAGGAGGGUGAGAGGGGACCACUGCUGCAUGUACCCCUGCAGAGGGAUGCUAAAACUGAGCAUCCUGACAACACACGCACACAUUCAAAAUAACAUACACCGUAUUGCACACACAGACUCAAAAUAACACACACCAUAUUGCAUACACUCUCAAAAUAACACACACUGUAUUGUGUGCACACACUCAAAAUAACACACACUGAAUUGUACUUACACACUCAAAAUAACACACACCAUAUUGUACGUACACACUCAAAAUAACACACACCAUAUUGCACGCACACACAUUUAAAAUAACACACACCAUAUUGCACGCACACACUCAAAAUAACACACACCGUAUUGCACGGACACACUCAAAAUAACACACAACGUAUUGCAUGCACACACUCAAAAUAACACACUACCACUCAGAACAAGACACAUGUACAAUGUCACACACUCAGAAGAGAACAUACACACUCAACCCUCCUGUCUGCACACCCUGUUUCCAUUGCAAAUGGAGUGCUUUGGCGUGGGCCCUUAGAUCCUCAAAAGGUUAUACAGCUGCACCAUUGAGAGCAUCUUGACUGGCUGCAUCUCCUCUUGAUAUGGCAACUGCUUGGCAUCCGACCAGAAGGAACUACAAAGGGUAGUUUGUACAACCCAGUACAUCACUGGGGCCGAGCUCCCUGCCAUCCAGGACCUCUAUACCAAGCCGUCAAAGGAAGGCCCUAAAAAUUGUCAAAGACUCCAGCCACCCAAGUCAUAGAAUGUUCUCUCUUCUACCACACAGCAAGCGAUACGAUGCACCAAGUCUGGAACCAACAGGACCAUGAAUGGCAUCCAUUCUCAAGCCAUAGACUGCUAAAUAGUUAACCAAAUACCUACCCAGAUCAUCUGCAUUCACCCUCUUGUGCACUAAAACUUUGAAUAAUCACAUUGGCUGCUGCCUAUUAUCUAUCCUGGUGCCUCAUCUUUAUCCCUACCUACAGUAUACAGCACUUACAUAUUUACCUCAAUUACCUCGUACGCAUGCACAUUGACUCUGUGCUGGUACAGAGACAAAUAAUCGGUACUCACUGUGUUUUUAUUUCUUGUGUUAUUAGUUCUAUUUUGUAUUUUAUUUUGUAUCUGCAUUGUUGAGAAGGGCCCGUAAUUAAGCAUUUCACUGUUUGUGUCCACUUGUUGUUUACAAAGCAUGUGAAAAAUAACAUUUGAUUUGCCCUGUUUGUUUUUGCUCCCGAACAUAAAAUUACACAAUUGUCAUACAUCUGCACCAGCGCAUUCAGAGCAGAGCUGCGCUUUGUCGAAUAGCAAUCAGCCCCGUGACCCUAAGUGGCUGUGAUAGCUUUGUCUCCUCCAUCCUCUUAUCUCCACACUUCUAAUGGUUAAAUAGUUUUACACCCAGCCCUGCCACAGCACAGCUGAACAGAGCAUUAUGUUAUAUCACUAGGCUAGCUCCCUACAGCAAAUGUGUUCCGGGGGGCUAAACGGUCAGCCAGGUAGUUCUCUCAUUUCAAUCUCCUUGUGUUCUAUGGAAAAGAGAGAGAGUGUGGUGAAUGUAUAAUGCAACUCGUGUUAUCAUUGCUAUCUCUGCACAUUGAGACAUUAUUUAAACAUGGCUAAUUUGCCGGUUUGAAUAGAAUAGCAAUCUGUACAGUUUCCAUCUCUUUAUUAUCUGCUCAGCAUUGCAUGAGCGAAGUUCAGGGAGUGAAGAAGAAGACAUACCAGACGAAAUGGUCAAAGUAAAUCAAGUAAACAACAAAUCAAGCUAUGAAAGAUGAAGAGACAUGUUUUGUUUGUCCCUAAACCUCCCAGCAAUGCUUACAUUGCAGAUUAUGUUUAUAGACAAGCACGCACACACACACACACACACACGCACGCACGCACGCACGCACGCACGCACGCACGCACGCACACACACACACACACACACACACACACACACACACACACACACACACACACACACACAGCAUCUCAUCACAGAUGAUCAUGUCAGCAGACACCUUGUUUCCUGCUUAAAAUGGAUCACUUUGUAAUGGUAGUUGUGAACUUUACCCCAAAGUCAACAUAUAGGCUGACAUACCAUUCAUGCUGUUCUACAUGUGAUAUCAAAUGAUAAUAACAGUUGAUGAUGGUGAUGGAUACAUUACUCUUUUUUUUAUUAAUCAACUUCCAUUAUAACAUGUAGCUGGGCUGUACUAUUUUUUAUGUGGAUAAGAGGUGAAUCAGGUUUGGAAAUAGAAAAUAACCAAACAGGUAAUUCUAGCCACCUGCAGUCUCCUCUCAGCUGUUCCUUAUCCAAAGUAAACUCAGACCUCUCUCUCUCUCUCUCUUUCUCCCUUUCUCUCUCUCUUUCGCUUAGUUUGACGAUAGGUUGGUCUUAGGAGUGAUGUCACCCACUUCACUCCCGCAUGCACACAAAUUCCACUAGCAGUGUGUGUCUCGCAGUGCGCGCUGCCUCUUGUGCGUAACUGGGGACACAAGGCUUUUAACAAAAAAAACUACAGCACUGCGCAUGGGAAAGACCGAGAGAUAACAGAAACAAAAUGUUGCUAAUGCUCCUGGAACGUUAGCCUAACAUGGAGACUUACGUAUCUGGUUUCCGGACUUUAUAGUGGCAACAACAUACUGGAUACGUUGUGGCCACGGAGCGAGCUGAGCUUGUGUCGCCAACAUUUUGCGGACCCUCUAUGGAACUGAAGAUGAGAGCCAAUUUUACCAAUGUGCUCUAUACCUGUUCACUGAUCACACAACCUAACGCACAGCGCGUCUCCACUGAUUACAUUCUCUAGGACUAAUGACUUGAUCAACAUUUGAAUGCUUCCAAGUUAAGUGUUUUGGGGCGGAAAGGCACACACUAAAAAUUAACCAAGAGAAGAUGCGUUCAGGAUGGAUGUAGCCAAGUUUACCACCGUUACCAAUACCUCGCAGGAUACCAACACCUCGAGCGCCCCAAGACCUCUCCCGCAAACGGAGGUGGGCUCCGCGCUCAUAAUCCUUGUGGUCACCGUGAUCAUUCUGGUCACCAUCGUCGGUAACGCGCUGGUCAUCGUGGCCGUGCUCACCAGCCGGGCUCUCCGCGCCCCCCAGAACCUUUUCCUGGUGUCCCUGGCGUGCGCAGACAUCCUCGUGGCGACACUGGUCAUCCCGUUCUCCCUUGCCAAUGAGGUCAUGGGUUACUGGUACUUUGGGAGCACCUGGUGCGCCUUUUAUCUGGCACUGGACGUCCUCUUCUGCACCUCCUCCAUAGUGCACCUGUGCGCCAUCAGUCUGGACCGCUACUGGUCAGUCACCAAGGCCGUGAGCUACAACCUGAAGCGGACCCCCAAGCGAAUCAAGUCCAUGAUAGCCGUGGUGUGGGUCAUCUCCGCCGUCAUCUCCUUCCCACCUCUCAUCAUGACCAAGCACAACGAGCACGAGUGUCUGUUAAACAACGAGACCUGGUACAUCCUAUCUUCCUGCCUCGUGUCCUUCUUCGCCCCGGGCCUCAUCAUGAUCCUGGUGUACUGUAAAAUUUAUAAAGUGGCCAAGCAGCGCUCCUCCACCGUGUUCGUGGCUAAGACCGGCCUGGAGAGGCAGCCCUCUCAGUCCGAGACGUGCUUCGUGAGGAAGGAGCGGAUGGAGAUGGAGAGCCCCAGUAGCCAGAGCUCCGAGGACCACCACAGGCAGGAGGAGCUGGAUUAUAUCGACUUGGAGGAGAGCUGCUGUGCGUCGGACAACAAACCACGGAACCACCGCUUCUCCAAGCGUAGGAAGGUGGAGGUCUCGGACUGCUGCCCGCCACAGAGCUGCCGUCUCUCCUGGGCCUCAGCGCGCGCCUCGCAGCUUUUCCAAGACCCCAAAAACGCUACCAACGCGACCCUGGUGGCCCAGCGACAUCACCUCGCGGCACAUCGGCAUCACCUCGUGGCGGCUGCGUCCAAGACUAAAGUGGCCCAGAUGCGCGAGAAGCGCUUCACGUUCGUGCUGGCGGUGGUGAUGGGGGUGUUCGUGCUCUGCUGGUUCCCUUUCUUUUUCACAUACAGCCUGCACGCGAUCUGCAGGGAGAGCUGCUACAUACCCGGCGCGCUCUUCAACGCCUUCUUCUGGAUUGGCUACUGUAACAGCUCAGUGAACCCUAUGAUAUAUACCAUUUUCAACAGGGAUUUCCGUAAAGCGUUUAAGAAAAUCGUAUGCCGGACUUCAAAACGCACUAAUACCACUUGAAAAGAAGGGUCACUUUGAAGCUGACUGACUGUGCGUCACUGCUCAUCGAAACAGACGUCAGUUCUUCACCUAAGCACGCAUCCCUGCACCUCUGAAUGACUAUAUUCGUUCCAAAAGGAACGUUUUUAUUUAAUAAUAAUAAUAAUAUGAUAUCAAAAUAUCUCGUGUUGUGCGCUAAUGUGUGAAUAUUAGAAACAAUGUACAGAGGAAAUAGGAUAUAUCAAACAAAAGCUAAAUAGAGUAUUGUCAUUGAUGAUUUAAUAUGGCUCUACUGAAUCAUAUUGACCCCUGCUUUCAAAGUUAGGAAUUCGUUUGAUAUUCAGUAUUCAUAUAUUUAGGCCACAGCAUAAUUCCAGGGCCUUUUUACGACCCGUUCUUUUCUGUACUUUCAUUAAUCUUUUAUGUCCCAUAAAGAUAUGAAAAAAAUCUAGUUCAGAGUAAAAGUGAAGUCAUAACCCAGAUUUCGAAGCUGAUGGAGCUGUGUGUGUGGCACUGAGAGGUUUAGGUUUUUCAAAAGAAAUAUUCAUCAAACUGUCAUCAAUAAGACAUGAGAGAGACUGAGUUGACAUACAUUUUUUUAAACUUUGAAUUUUUCAAAGAAUCUCAAAACGCAUAAAAAGUCAAAUAAAACAAAACAAAAAGUUGAAAUGAUAGAAAUUGAAAGUGUCCGUCGGUUUCGGAUGAAGUUGAGGCAGUUUGGGUUGGAAAGGCAGUGUAGGCUGAGUGUACAGUAGGUUCACACUGUACACGGUUGUAGCAUCUACUUAGGCAUUUCUUUCAUGAGUAGCCAAACUAGUUAGGAAUGGCUGCAAUCGCUUGGUCGAGUUUAAUAGAGAUGUGUCAAAAUGUAAUUAACUUUGAGUCGUGUUUAAUCCAUUAUCUAAAACGGUAUCCGAUUAUGACUGAUGUCAGGUGAGUUGAUGACGCAUAUCUCUUUGAGUGGGCUUCGGGUCUCCCUCAUCGCUGAACCCCCAAAUGCAUGCGCUGUUGUCCGUGGUGCUGAAACGCCGCGCACUACGGCGAUGGCACUAUGCUGUGACGCGAAUGCGUGACAUGGCAUAUUCAAUGGUUUGCAAAACCAUAUAUGAACUGUUAUCAAUCAGAAAAAUAUAGUGAUAUGGGAAUAUAUCUCAUGAUAUCGUGCCUCAUUUAAACACUGUAUGUAAGCAGAUAGAUCGAUCAUGCUUGGCACUUUUGCUAAAAUGAAUAUUUCCUCAUAAGUGAUGAGAAUGAAGAAAUUGCCUAUGGUAUGAGCCACCUUAAUAGCAUAAACACAAUCUAAUAUGAUUUAUGCUGCAAUUAUUUUAAUCUUCAGCCAAAGAAGAAGCUAUUGGCCAGAAGAUUAAAAACAGACCUUGAAAUCAUUACUCAGACAUUAUUGAGUGGGCUCCAUGUUUUAACCUUUGGAAAUAGAAAACUCGUGUCACUACAAAUGUGUCACUACAUGCUCCAUAAUUGUGUGUGUGUGUGUGUGUGUGUGUGUGUGUGUGUCACAGGCGGCUGGUGGCACCAUCAUUGGGGAGGACAGGCUAGAACGGCAUGUACUUAGCGGUAUAAAACACAUCAAACACAUAGUUUGAUACCAAUCCAUCCACUCCAUUCCAGCCAUUAAUAUUAGCUAUCCUCCCUUUUACCAGCCUCACCAUGUGUGAGUGUGAGAGACAGAGAGACAAAGAGAGAGAGAGAGACAAAGAGAGAGAGAGAGAGAGAGAGGGAGAGGAACAGAUUGAAAACAACUACUACCUCUGUCUGUACGUUGUCUACUGCUACCUAGGUGAACGUCUUCAGCUUUGUGGUCUGCCAGGCCUCCGUUGAGAUGGAGCCAGUAUUGGUUCAACAAUGGAGUCACGUCGUUACCCAAGCUUUGCUCUCUAACCCUCUUUGUUCUGUUUGAUAUUGCAGUAUUAUGCUUGGUCUAAUUUAAACAGUAGGCUGAAUGCUUUGAAUUCCAACUCUUUAUUUACUGUAUCUACAUUUUUAAAACCAACAAAGCCUCAAUACUUUUCUACCAUGACAAAUAAAUCCACAAUUGGCCAUAUUGCAGACAGGAUCAACAUGAGAGUGAUUCAGUGAUGUCAAAGAAGACAUGUGCGUUAGAUCUCUAGAUGUGUUGGAUGUGGAGACUGACAGCGAAUGUUGUCAUGGGUACAUCGUAUACUGUAGAGCUGCUGGGUGAAGGGUUAAGCAGAAGGCGAUGUGGAGACUGACAAAUGACAUUAUGAGGAAAUAUGGGCUAGCGACUCUAAGGCUGUGGUUUUAAUACCCAGAGAAGCCACAUACUUAUCAUGUAGGAUAGAUGUAAAUGUUGAUUUGGACCUUUGUUCUAUAGAUAGCCAAUUAGAACCUGUUACACUUGAACUGGGUCAUGUCUCAUGUUGGGUCGUUCAAGACAAAAAUGGGAUGUAAAAUUCAAAUACAGUAUUAUAGAGAAUACGGUGAUAUAGGGAUACUAGUGCAUGAGAAAAACAGAAUGUGGUCAGGGAGAGGGAAGCCAUCUUGGUUCUAUUGUCUGAGCCCUGGCAGGGGGUGAGAAAUAAAUACACUAUUUAUAUCCACUGAAGAAUGUCUUCAAAGUCCCAAAUGCCAUCAGACGUAUUGGCAUGGUGCCAAACACACUAAACUGGACGAAGAGUAUUUAACAGUCAAGUGGCUGAGAAAAAUAAGAAAUCAAACAAGGCAUCAUUCGGUUCUCCUGGGUUUUACUGAUGUAUAAAUGCUUUGACAAGUUGUUUGGGUUUAUUCAGGAGGUGGUUGUAAGGGGCGGGAGUGAUCAGGCACUACUUUUUGUGUCUAUUUUAUCUCUAAGGGAGAUGGUUUGAAGAGGGCUGCAUAUUAUUUAUAAACAGAAAUAGAGAUUGCAUGAGAUAUGUAGGACUGAUUUGACGAUGGAGACCAUAUAUUUAGCUCAAACACAUCUGCUGUUGGUGGAAUUCAUUCAAAUGUUUCACAUAAAUAGCUUUUUCCCCCCAGGUAUAACUCUUCACCUUUGACCUAAGAUUGAAUCAUCAUCAGCUUAAUUCCAAAACAUUUAUUUUCAAACCAGCAAGAUCACAGUUCUGUAAAUGUGUUAUUGGUGUGUAAUGUAAUUUAUCAAUGGAUAUAUACUCGAUGUAGCAUAUAUAGUGACUUCAGAAAGUAUUCACACUCCUUAACCUUUCCCACAGUUUGUUGUGUUGGCCUGUACACAAUACCCCAUAAAUGUCAAAGUGCAAUUAUGUUUUUAGAAAUGUUUACAAAUGUAUAAAAAAUGUGAAGCUGAAAUGUCUUGAGUUAAUAAUUAUUCAAUAGGUAUUCUACCCCUUUAUACGGCAAGCCUAAAUAAGUUACGGAGGAAAGAAUUUGCUUCAUAAGUUGCAUGGACUCACUCUGUAUACGAUAAUAGUGUUUAACAUGAUUCUGAAUGACUACCUCAUCUCUGUACCCCACACAUACAAUUAUCUGUAAGGUCCCUCAGUUGAGCAGUGAAUUUCAAUCACAUAUUCAACCAUAAAGACCAAGGAGGUUUUCCAAUGCCUCACAAAGAAGGGUACCUAUUGGUAGAUGGGUAUAAAAAAAAAUAAAGCAGAUGUUGAAUA